GUCCAUUUGCUGUCAUUUCAGUCAUGUUAGGAAGUAUGACAGAGUCACUAGAACCAAAUGGAAAAUACCUGGAAGUGAUCAGUGGCACCAAUAAAACAUUUGUCAAUGAGAUCAGGAGGGAUGCAGCCCGAGUAGAGCUGGUAACUGCAGUCACCUGCUUAAUGGGUCUAUUCCAGGUUGCCCUUGGCCUGCUGCAGUUUGGAUUUGUGGCCACCUAUCUUUCAGAGCCCUUGGUGCGAGGCUAUACCACAGCUGCUGCGAUCCAUGUGCUGGUUUCCCAGCUAAAGUAUGUCUUUGGAAUCAGCCUGGAAGAGAAAUCUGGACCAUUGUCAAUGAUCUAUACAUUUGUGGAGAUUUGCUCAAAAUUACCUGGCACUCACACUGGUACUAUGGUCACUGCCUUGAUCUCCAUGGUUGUCCUUUUGCUCAUCAAGCUACUCAAUCAGAAAUUUGAUAAGAAGCUUCCAGCACCUAUCCCCAUUGAACUUCUCACGAUUAUUGUCUCCACUGGAAUCUGCUAUGGUGCCAGCCUGAGCAACAAAUUUGGGAUUAGUGUUGUGGGCGAUAUUCCCAAAGGUUUGAGAUCUCCUGAAGUCCCCAAUGGAAGCUAUUUUGGGCAGGUGAUAGGGAAUGCUUUUGCCAUUGCUAUUAUUAGCUAUGUCCUUUGCAUCUCCCUUGGGAAAAUCUUCGCACUCAAGCACGGUUAUAGUGUGGACAGCAACCAAGAACUGAUAGCCCUGGGGCUCAGUAACAUCACUGGUAGCUUUUUCCAUUGCUACAGCAUCAGCUGCUCCAUGUCCCGUUCCCUAGUACAAGAAAGCACAGGAGGACACAGCCAGAUGGCUACAGUCAUCUCUUCUCUCAUCAUCCUGGCAACCAUUUUGAAGAUUGGAGAGCUUUUUCGCGAACUACCCAAAGCUGUCUUAGCUGCCAUUGUUAUCGUCAAUUUGAAAGGCAUGUUCAAACAGUUCAAAGAUAUUCCUGCACUUUGGAGAUCUAAUUUCAUCGACCUGAAAACGGCUAGAAAAUCUGGAGAAAACAACCCUGGAUUUGAGGAUAUGGAGAUGGAUGCAAAAUCACAAGAACCAGAGGAAGGCACAGCAGGUACAGAGAGCAAUGGGACUGUGAUGGCUUGCAAUCCCCCAAGUAACCAUCAGCCACAGUCUUGUGGCAACCCCAGUUUAAAUAAUCUGGGGCUGGAAAAACCUUCUAUCCACACAAUCAUUCUGGACUUCAGUUCUGUCACCUUUGUGGACACUGUCUCUGUAAAGACCUUAAAAAAUAUAUUUAAAGAUUUCCAGGAGAUUGAAGUGGAGGUGUUACUUGCUGGUUGCCAUGGCGUUGUCAUUACCCAGCUGGAAAGAGGCAAUUUUUUCAAUGAAACCAUAACCAAGAACCACCUUUUUGCAUCAAUACAUGAUGCAAUUACCUAUAUCGCCAGGAACCGAGAACAGAGCACGCCACACAUUGACACUGUAAGCAAUUUUUUUCUUCUUAACUCAGAAAAAUAAUGACUCCUCACAGGGAUCAUGCAGGUUUA